GACGUCAGUGGGAAGUUAAUUUUAAAUCGGUACAAGAUGGCGGAGGGGGACGAGGCAGCGCGGAGGCAGCAGCCGCACCAGGGGCUGCGGCGCCGGCGGCGGACCAGUGACCCAAACACCGCGGUUAACCACGUCUCGUCCACGACCCUCCUAGGUGAGAGUUAUGAAGAUGAUGACCUAGUAAACUCUGAUGAGGUUAUGAAGAAACCAUGUCCAGUACAGAUUGUUCUUGCACAUGAAGAUGACCAUAACUUUGAGCUUGAUGAAGAAGCUUUGGAGCAGAUAUUGCUACAGGAGCACAUACGCGAUCUUAACAUAGUAGUGGUAUCUGUGGCAGGAGCUUUUCGUAAAGGGAAAUCAUUUCUACUGGACUUCAUGCUUAGAUAUAUGUAUAACAAGGAUUCUCAGAGCUGGAUUGGUGGAAACAAUGAACCAUUGACUGGCUUUACAUGGCGAGGUGGUUGCGAAAGAGAAACAACAGGCAUACAAGUCUGGAAUGAAGUAUUUGUGAUUGACAGACCUAAUGGAACAAAAGUGGCUGUGCUGCUAAUGGAUACCCAGGGUGCCUUUGAUAGCCAGUCAACUAUCAAAGAUUGUGCAACAGUGUUCGCUUUGAGCACUAUGACUAGCUCUGUCCAGGUAUAUAAUUUGUCUCAAAAUAUUCAAGAAGAUGAUCUUCAACACUUGCAAUUAUUUACAGAGUAUGGCAGACUUGCAAUGGAAGAAAUCUACCAGAAACCAUUUCAGACAUUAAUGUUUUUGAUUCGAGAUUGGAGUUAUCCUUAUGAACAUUCAUAUGGUUUGGAAGGUGGAAAACAAUUCCUUGAAAAGAGAUUGCAGGUAAAACAAAAUCAACAUGAAGAGCUGCAGAAUGUAAGGAAGCACAUUCACAAUUGUUUCUCAAAUCUUGGUUGCUUCCUUUUGCCACAUCCUGGUCUUAAAGUUGCAACUAAUCCUAGUUUUGAUGGGAGAUUGAAAGAUAUUGAUGAAGACUUUAAACGAGAACUUCGGAAUCUGGUUCCAUUGCUGCUUGCCCCAGAAAAUUUAGUAGAAAAAGAGAUAAGUGGAUCUAAAGUCACUUGUAGAGAUCUUGUAGAAUACUUUAAGGCUUACAUUAAAAUUUAUCAAGGAGAGGAACUUCCACAUCCAAAGUCCAUGCUUCAGGCAACAGCUGAAGCUAAUAAUCUUGCUGCAGUAGCAGGAGCAAGAGAGAUUUACUGCAAAAGCAUGGAGCAGGUAUGUGGUGGGGACAAGCCUUACAUUGCACCUUCGGAUCUGGAGCGAAAACAUCUGGAUCUCAAGGAAGUGGCGAUUAAACAGUUUCGUUCAGUAAAAAAAAUGGGUGGAGAUGAAUUCUGCCGUCGUUAUCAGGACCAGCUUGAGGCUGAAAUUGAAGAAACCUAUGCAAAUUUUAUUAAGCACAAUGAUGGCAAAAAUAUCUUCUAUGCUGCUCGUACCCCUGCCACACUGUUUGCGGUCAUGUUUGCUAUGUACAUAAUCUCAGGACUGACUGGCUUCGUUGGCCUAAACUCUAUAGCUGUCUUGUGUAACCUUGUCAUGGGGUUAGCACUGACAUCUCUUUGUACUUGGGCAUAUGUUAAAUACUCUGGGGAGUUCAGAGAAAUUGGAACAAUGAUUGAUCAGAUUGCUGAAACACUAUGGGAACAGAGGAGUCCCAGGAAGGUGUUUUCCAAACUGUUUGAAGUUACUAGACGUCGAAUGGUUCAUCGUGCUCUUUCAUCAGCACAGCGACAGAGACUGUCAUCCAACAAUAACAAGAAGAAAAAUUAGACAGUAUUUUUAACUUUUUUCUCUAUCUGAAGUGUUCACACUUACACAUGUAGGACAAUAAGCAGGACCGUCUGGGCCGGUCUGCAUAAAUGCUGUAUACAUACCAGAUUUGAUGCUGCAUAUAGGGUAUGGAAUUGCACAUCCAUCUCAUAGGAAUUGUAAAUGGUUUGAAUAGGAGGAAAGUAAUUUUUGUUGCAUUAUAAGUUGUCUAACUGCAUUAUUUGUAUGUCAUAACUUUUUUGGGAGAAGCAUCUUUUUAUUUCCCACAUUCCUGGUUAUUUUCUUCAUUGCUUUGAAUUGAAUUUUUAUAUCUAUUUUUAUAUGUAACUCUUUUUUUACCUCAUGUUUUUAU